CUGACACAAUUUCGCAUUAUACUGGGCGAUUUCGACUUUAACGCCUUGCAGUCUGCGAAUCGUGUGAUUGGCCCGAUUUACUUCGUCGUCUACGUCUUCUUCGUAUUCUUUGUGCUGAUUAACAUGUUCAUUGCCAUCAUCAACGAUACGUAUGAUGAGGUUAAGACGGAGAUGAAAACCUCAGACGACGCGCUAGAGUUGAAGUCAUAUCUUAAAAAGGUUAGCCUAUUUGUUUGUCUGACUCUCUGGGCUUCCACAACACACUGA